AUGUCAUCAUCAAAGUGUCUUCAGAAUGUGAAAGAAUUCUUUGUCAGUGCAGUGUUGGACAGGACGUAUGAAUUCACAUUGUACAAGGACAAUGAGGCAGACACGUACUGUAUGCCGAGUCCUACACAGGCCCUGAGGCUCAGUGGUGCCAGUGCUUAUCCCAGGAUACCGGAAUCACCGAAACUCCAGCUCCAAUCCUCCAGCAUUCAUAUUUUGGGGACUCAAACUUUCUCCCACAAUGCUUCUAGACUUUGGUUUGUGCUGCUGCUGAUCCUUGCUUCCCAAGCUGCUGGAAUUAAAGCAAGCAGCAUCAGAUUGGAUGAUGGGGUGCAAACGGAUGCCGCUGGCUCUGUAAGUUUAGUGCAGCUGCUGAAAACACCAAAACACACCAAACCGUUUGACCUCAGCAGACAUCGAUCCAGGAGGUCAGUGUUUCUACACUCUGGAGUGAAAAUUUGUCCUCAGGAGACCAUCAGUGAAGUGCUUGCCAGCCACCAGGCUUACUACCAGCUCAGAGUGUGUCAGGAAGCUGUGUGGGAGGCGUUCAGGAUCUUCUUUGAUAGGAUCCCCGGGACAACAGAGUACCAAAGAUGGGUUCACACAUGUCAACACGAGUCGCUCUGCAUCUCUGACAUCGCCAAAAACUUCAGUGGUUCAGAAGAGCACAUGAGCUUGAUUCACAGGAGGAUGAACCGCAUGAGGGCUGGGAAGCACCCAUCAAGAGGAGCAGUGACUCCGGCACCAACACAGAUUGUCCCAGAGAUAGCAGGUCCAGAGGCACUGACCACCAAUCCAGCAUUGCCAGUAGCAGCUCCAUCAGAGGCCCCAUCGGCGUCCCCAUCACCAGUUCCAUCAGAGGCCCCAUCAGUAGCUCCAUCGGUGGUCCUGUCGGCAGCUCCAUCAGUAGUCCCGUUGGCUGCCCCAUCGGCAGUCCCAUCAGUAGCUCCAUCAGUGGUCCCGUCGGCGGCGCCAUCAGUACCUCCAUCGGCGGCCCUUUCGGCAGCCUCAUCAGUGGUUCCGUUGGCUGUUCCAUCGGAGGCCCUAUCCUCAGCAACUCCAUCGGCGGCCCCAUCAGCAGCUCCAUCAGUAGCCCCCUCGAUGGCCCCAUCAGCAUCUCCAUCAUCACUGUUUGCUGCCCCGUCAGCAGCUCUAUCCGCGGCCCCAUCAGCAUCUCCAUCGUCGCUGUCGGUCCCCUCAGCAGCCCCAUCAUCCACAUCCUCAGCCCCAGCAGCUUCAUGGUCCCUGACACCCAUGUCAGCCACCCUAGCGGCCACAUCAGCCAUGCCAGCUGCCCCAGAGGCUACAUCAUUUGCCCCAGCAAUUGAACUGUCCCCAUUAGCCACCCUACCAGCACCACUGUCCCCACCAGCUGCCACAGAAGCCAUGUCAGCUGCUCCAGAGGAGGGACUGUCCUCACCAAGCACUCCAACAGAACUGUCCCAGUCAAGUUCCCCUGUAGCUCCAUCAUACCCAUCAGUGGCCCUAUCGGCUGUGCCAACAGCUUCUCCAUCAGCAGCAGCAUCAGCUAUCCCAUCAACCCGAGCACUGGUCAUCACCACUGCCAUCACUUUCAGUUCUCAAAGUUCAAUUUCAAGCCCUGCCCUCACUCAAAGGCCACCAACAUUACAGAAGAUUGAGGAGGACUCUGAACUCCCAAACCUGUUACCCGAGAGUCCAGUGCAAGAGAUAGUGGAGUUCAGCAUUGACCUGGUGGAUCCAGGUUACAGAGAGCUGCUGGAGGACGCAGACUCCCCUCAGUACAUCGACCUGGCUCACCACCUGCAGGACCAGAUGCAGCAUGUUUUUGAUAAACUUCCAGGAUUUAAGUCAAUCAAUGUGCUGGGGAUCAGCAAGGCCCAGGACACUGACGGGCCUGCAGGAAUUUCGGUGCACUACUCUCUCAUCUUUGAAAAUAAUUUACCCAAAAUCAAUCCUAUGCAUUCUGAGACGACGAGCGGCACACCAGGGUCCUCAGCUCACACCAUCCUCAGGGAAAUUGUGAUUGAGGCUUUGCGUGAGGAAGCUUCUCUACCUAUUGAUCUGAACACGCUUACUUUCAAACCAGAAGCCAUCUUCCCACCAGCACCAACAUCAACCUCUUCAAAAGUGAAGGAGAUAAUGGAGCCCAGUGAGCCUGAUUCACACAAUGAGUUUGAAGUUAUUGUUGAUGAGCCUGAAGUUGAUAUACCUCCGCUUGUGAUUCCACUCACCCCCCUGGAGAAGGAAAAUGCCCUUGUGACCCUCCUGGAUCCCUCAGCUGUCCCCGAUGAUGAAGGAACAACAGUGAUUGGUGAGGUGGCUGGGAGCAGCGAUCAGCCUCAGGGAACAGUGGAUAUCACUGAUGACACAGACACAAUUUAUACCAGCAAGCCUGAGCCAUUGGAUGACAGAGAUGAAGAAGAAUUUCUCAUCAUUACACAUAUGAUUGAAACCAUUCAUCACAAUGAAACUGGUGAAGUUGUGAAAGACUACAUCCCAACCCCUCCCUUGCUUUUUGAGCUACAGACAGAUGCUCCAUAUGCAAGUUUGGCUCCAAACUUGAUAUCAAAGGAAGAUCUCACUCCAAUUGAUGAAGACAGUAAAACUGCUGCUGAAGAUGAGACAUCUAAUUUGGAAUUCUCAAUCCCAACAAUUUCAGGUAUCAUAGGCCAACCACUGACACAGUCAACUGUAGGUCUUCAAGAGAAUAAAGAACUUAAUGUUCAAGAGGAUAAAGAACUUAAUGUUCUUCCAGAUGAGGAAGGCAUGGAUUUGGGUGUCCAUGAACCUUAUGAUCCAGGUGAGAGUCUAGAAACAGAGGACCAAGAACUUUCAGAAUUAGAUAUUGACUUGCUAGAACCAGAUGAUGUGCAAGCAGUUAAACCCAAUGAAGUACUUGAGGCGUCAGAGAUGACACCUGAAUUCAUCACAGUUUCAACACCAGAGGAAGAGAGUAUACAUGUGUUAGAGCCAGAGACUGAAGUGUCCGAGCUAGAAGAAGAAGAGGUACUUGAAACCGAGGGAUCAGACACAAGAGUGCUUGAAGUUUCAAAACCUGAAACGGAAGCAGUUGAGAAGGUAAAAGGAAAGGAUCCAGAAACAAAGGAGAAAGAGUUUGAAGUUCCAGAGUCAGAAUCAGAAGACGGAUUUGAAGGUUGGCAAACAGAGGAGGAAAUAAUUGAAGUUACAAAAGAAGUAGAAGAGCUUCAUGUACCAGAAGUUGCCAAAUCUAAGGUCUUGCAUCCAGCUCCAGAACCCGAGAAGGACCUGGUUGAGGUUUCACAACAAUUUCCAGAACUAGAGGAAAAGUCAGAGCUUGACGGAGAUGUAGAUAAGGCUUCAGAACAUGAUAAAGACAUAGCUGAAACAACAACACUGGCUGAAACUAUAUCUGACGUAUCAGAUGUGGAAACAAUCGAUGAGAAAACAUUAAAAGAAGUAGAUGAGGUUGAAGAGUUAGAACAGGAUGUAACAGACACUUCAGUAAUAACAGAUGUACAAGAUAGAGGUGCCAGUGGCAUAUUAAGCUUAACCUUUGCACCAGAAACAGACCAGAAAGGGCAUGUAACUGCAGUAACAGAGUUACAUGAUAAGGCAUUUCAGACACCAGAAUCUGAAGCGGAGGCAGUAGGAGGCUCAGAACCAGGUGAAGGAGUGGUUCAAGUUGUGGAGUUUGAACCAGAACCACUACCAGAAAAAGAGGUAGAAGUAGCAAUCCCACGACCAGAUGAUGACAGCCAAAAUGCAGAAGAAAUGGCUAUAGUUCAAGUGUCAGAUGUAGAACCAGUCAACAUUACUAUCCAAAAGCUUCCAGGAACAUCGGCAGAAAAAACUGGUGAUAUUUCUCAGCCAGAAGCUGAGAGCUCAGAACAAGAGGACAUGUCAGGUCCAGGAAUUGUAGUGGACAAUGUUUUACCACCAGUAGAGGACAAACUUGAGAUUUCACAACCAGAUUCAGAAGAGGGAGCAGAAAGUGAUGUUCCAAAACUGGAAGAAGAGGGAGCUGAACCAGAAACAAAGCCAGAGGAUGGGUCUAUUGAGAUUUUAGAGCCAGAAGGUGAAGAUGAUGUUACUGAGCCACCAGCUGCAUUAAUUAAAGUCCUUCCACCACUGGAUAUUCAUUUUGGAGAGGAUACUCGUGUUCAAGUUACUGAAGCUAAAGAGUUCCUUCAACCUGCCAAACCUGAUCACCAGCAUCCUCUAGUGGAAGAUAAUAUGCCUAUUGUCCCAGCAGAAUUCCAGCCGUCUGAAGCUGAAUCUGCUCAUGACUAUCCCACUGAUGACUUAUUAAUUGAGCAGGACGUUGGUGGUGUAUAUGCCCGAGUGGAAACUGGGACUAUUUCUAUCACAUCGGCAAAGCAGCGGAGUGACCUUCAUUUUGAAUCAACCUUUGAUGUAGCAGGGCCAACAGCUGCAGAAAAGGAAGACACGUCAGAAGACAUCAAAGUCAGAGAAAAGUUGCAGCAACAGACACAAGAAAGUGAUUCAACUGCAGAGAAAGACAUCAGCGUAACAGCUGUACCCAUUUCAGUCUUCAUUCAGACACCUGCAGCAACUUCUGGCAAUGCACCCGAAGCAGCUUUGCCCAGCCCGACUAUAGACACUGGACUGUUUGAGGUGGCAGAAUGGACUUUUAUCUCUUCUGUUACAGAGGAUGACAUCACAGAGCAAAAUGAGACAGGGGUUGUCAUCAUUGAUGAAAAUUUUGAAGAGCUGGAGGAGAAAGAAGAGAAAAGCCAAACGAGCCCAUCAUCUGCCAUCAAAGACUCCACUGACAGUGCAGUAGAAGACCUGGCCAUGGACCUGGACCGACCAGUCAUAGAAGCCACAGAGGCAAGUGACCUGCUAGUUGAGGAGAGUGGUUACCAGUCUGUGACUGAUGAAGACAUCUCUGACAGUGUCACGGCCCCGCCUCCUUUGAGGUACCUCACCACCCCCUCUAUGACCACAGCCACUCAUGGCAGGGAACUGGUGGUGUUCUUCAGCCUGCGUGUCACCAACAUGAACUUCUCAGAAGACCUCUUUAACAAGACAUCAUCUGAGUACAGAUCUUUGGAGAGCACCUUCUUAGACAUGCUGCUGCCGUACCUGCAGGCAAACCUGACAGGCUUCAAGAAACUUGAGAUUCUCAACUUCAGGAAGGGCAGCGUGGUUGUCAACAGCAAGGUGAAGUUCGCCCGGUCGGUGCCGUACAACAUCACCAAGGCCGUGCACUGCGUGCUGGAGGAGUUCUGCUCAGCUGCUGCCAAAUACCUGCACAUUGAGAUCGACAGCCGCUCUCUGGACAUCGAACCAGCUGAUCAAGCCGAUCCCUGUAAGUUCCAGGCCUGCGAUGACUUUUCUCGCUGCGUGGUGAACAGCUGGACGAAGGAGGCUCAGUGUCUGUGCAAGCCGGGAUACCGCGCAGCGGAUGGACUGCCCUGCCAGAGCAUCUGCAUCCUCCGGCCAGAUUACUGCCACAGCGGGGAGUGUCACAUUGUUCCUGGACGCGGAGCAGUGUGCAGAUACGCUGACGGUUCUUCGCUCACAGCCCAUUAAGAACCACUUCAGGAUAAGACGCACCAGAGGACGACAAAAGGUGAGCACUGGUUGCCAGACUGGAGUGUGUAAAUCCAACGUGCCAUCACAUGUCAAAAGGUCAGCGGUGAGAUCAAUCAGACAAAAGAAAUUGAGUGUUUUUGUUGACAUUUUUCUGCCAACGCCACAUUAGCAACU